CCGAUCCUGCCUUCAUCCUCAUCCGCAGCCCAGCAGCAGCAGCAGCAGCAGCAUCAGCAUCAGCGCCCCUCCCUCGGCUCCAUCCACACCGCUGAAGGACGGCCAGCGGAUUCUCCAGUAUCAGAGUGAUGUCCUCAAGACAGUGGUGUUGGUGAACCCAUCAGAGGAGACCGCUGCCUCAGAGAUUCGCUCUCUGAUCACUGACCUUUCUGGGAAUAAGUUGCUGAUACUGAGUGGCCAGAGCUCUGAGCAGGGUGGUGACAUCCUACUGCAAGGUGGGGCUUUCACCUGGCAACACUUCUCCGACAUCAUUUCCAACCCUCAAGUGAUUGAACUCCUGUCCAGGGCCACUUCAGAGCAGCCGUCAAGGCUUACAGUUUCCUGUCAGGGAGACGGGGGCUGGAGCUCCCUAGGCCAAAGCCAGGAGCAGCAGUCACUCCAAAAUCUUCUGGAAUACCGCCUGAACCCUGAACCCCACCUCCCCGACAUGGACGGAGUCACAGAGUUCACCGAGUAUGUCUCAGAGACAGUGGAUGUGCCAUCAUCCUUUGACCUUCUGGAGCCCCCAACCUCUGGAGGUUUUCUGAAGCUGUCCAAGCCCUGCUGCUACAUCUUCCCUGGAGGCAGGGGAGACUCUGCUCUGUUUGCUGUCAACGGGUUCAACAUCCUUGUGGAUGGAGGAUCUGACCGCAAGUCUUGCUUCUGGAAGCUGGUUCGCCACCUGGACCGCAUCGACUCUGUUCUACUCACCCAUAUUGGUGCAGACAACCUCCCUGGCAUCAAUGGGUUGUUCCAGAGGAAGAUUGCAGAGCAAGAGGAGGAGCGUAACCAAGGAUCUGGCUCCAACAGCAACAGUGACUGGACGAAGAACCUGAUCUCUCCUGAGCUUGGGAUUGUGUUUUUCAACGUUCCAGAGAAGCUUCGGAUGCCAGAGUCCACGCUGAAAGUGAAGAGAAGCAUUGAGGAAGCAUCUCUUACAUUGCAGUACCUUAACAAGCUUGGUAUCACACCAGAGCCUCUUCACAGGGUAGUCAGCAACACUAUUGAACCUAUCACAUUAUUCCACAAACUGGGAGUUGGAAAGUUAGACAUGUAUGUCUUAAACCCUGUAAAAGAGAGCAAAGAGAUGCAGUUUCUAAUGCAGAAAUGGGCUGGAAACAGCAAAGCCAAGACAGGCAUUACAAUGCCCAAUGGAAAAGAAGGAGAAAUAUCUGUACCAUAUUUGACAUCAGUUACCGCUCUCAUUGUUUGGAUUCCUCACCGUCCAACAGAAAAGAUAGUCAGGGUGCUUUUCCCUGGAAAUGCACCGCAGAAUAAAAUCUUCGAGGGCCUUGAAAAACUGAAACACCUGGACUUCCUGCGAUACCCAGUGGCUACCCAAAAAGACAUAUCAUCUGGCGCUCCUCCUCCUAUCAUCAAACAGACAAAAAUAAGAUCAAGAACUGACAGCAAAGAGAGUCUCAAAUCUUCACCCAAACCACACUCUAAAACAAAGAAAGAAUCAAGUGGACAGGAGGAAGAGUCGAAGAGUGACAUGACUAAAGAGAAUAAAGUAGAAAAGAAAGAGGAGAAGAAACUCAAAAGUGAAAGUCUAAAAGCCACCAAACAGCAGAAAAACAGUGAGGUGGCCCCUGUGGCAGAGAAAAAGUCAGAGAAAAAGAAAAUUUUCAAGGAAAAAACUGCCAAGCAGGAGAAAGCAUCCAAGAUGGAUGAAAAGAAAGACAAAGAGAAAAAAGAAAUUAAGAAAGAGAAACGUGAAGUAAAGAAAGAUGAAAAUAUAAGAAAAGAAGAGAAAAAAGAAAGUAAAGUCAAGGAGGAUAAAAAAAAGGACGCAAGUAAACCAGAGCUGAGAAAAAUCACUAAACCGCCGCUCACCCCUGAAGUGAGAAAAACUCUGCACAAGGCUAAGACUCAGGCUAAGCCCAAGACUGACAAGAAUAAAGCAGUUAAAGAGGAAGCAAAUGAGAAAAAGCCAGUCCCAAAGAACAUCCCUGAAGAGGUUGCAGCAGCAGCUCUGGCUGACAGGUCCAUAGUGUCCUCCCCAGAGGACCUCACUGAGGACUUUGAGGCUCUGAAGCAAGAAGAGUCAUCCAAAGUUAAGUCUGUGCCUAUCCAGAAUGAUGUGAUGUUUGGGCAUUCAUUGUACCCAGAUACUAAAGUUCCUUCCUUAGUUUUCCCUGAUGAGAAAGUCACAUCGACAGUCACUGAGAUAAAAUCUGCUUCACCCAAAUCCCCUGUCAAACAAGAAGAAGACAACAAAGACAAGGGCACAUCACAACAGGUUGCAACCACUGAAAAGAAGGAAACAAGUGAUGGCUUUGACAAGAAGUAUAAAGAGGAGAAAUAUGACAAAUACCCUGUAAAGGACAACAUAAAAGACAGAUCAAAGAAGAGUGACAGCUCAGAGGAGGAGGGUGAUGUAAUUGAAAAAGCCGAGCUUGAAGGAACAGAAGAUGACGAGGUCCUGAAAUAUAAAACAGAGGAGGCGAAAAGGGAAAAAACUGGAAAGGAGUGGGACAACAAGCCAACUGAGCAAAAACCUUUAUCAACCACAGCCCUGUCUGGGCAAGUAGCAGCCAGUGCCUCAGAGCAGUUCUCCUUCAUCCAAGACGAGACAAUCCCCGGUUACUCCGAGACUGAACAGACCAUCUCUGAUGAGGAGAUCCAUGAGGAAACAGAAGAUAAAAUUCCACAGCUGCGCUACGAUGUGGGCUCCUACGACAUCUCUGUCCCUGACGUCCCUGGUACCUUUGACUCCAUGCAUGGUAUAAAGGAGAUGAAGAGCUCUGCUGUAUCUGAUGUUGCAAAUGUCAAACCCAAAGUCUUCAUGGGAGGUCACGAGCCUGAGCUUGCACCUUAUCCUGCCAUCAUUGCUGCUCCUCUUGCAGAGGAGGAACAUAUCUCCUCAGCAACAUCCAUCACAGAAUAUGACAAACUGUCAUCCUUUGCCACGUCUGUAGCUGAGGACCAAUCGAUAACCUCUGUGACAGCACCUCAGACCGAGGAAGCUGGGAGGAACUCUCUCCUGCUUGACACCAUCAACAGUAUCCCCUCACGUGCUGAGGCCAUCCACGGGAAGGACUAUCUUCACUCAGCAGGAACCAUCUCACCCACCUCCUCUCUGGAGGAUGACAAGUGCUUUAAGUCUCCGUCCUCUGAUGAGUACCAGCCGAACAUUCCUGAGAUGGAGGGUGAUGCAAAGAUCAAAUCGGUCCACCACGAGGAAGAAGAUGAUGAGGAAGAUGAGGACGAGGACCAGACUCCGAACGUUGACAUCCCUCUGGGUAAACUCCAAGAGGGCUAUGAACAUGCAGCCUCUAUGUUGCUUCAGGAGAAGGAUAAAUCUCCCUCUGCCACUUUCUCUCCUCCUCCCUUCUCUACCACUCAAUACUCUCCCACACAGGCUGUUAAAGAAAACCAGGCUCUCUUUAGCACAGUGGGAUUUAAGACUGCUGCUGAUAUAAAGCCUGUUUCACCCCCUCCAUCUUUCUCCCCAGGGUUAGAGUCCCACUCCAGGCAGGAGAGUGAGGAAAGAUGUCUAAGUCCAGAUGACAGCACUAUGAGACUGGCCUCACCCACACAGUCUGUGCCCACAAGCAGUGGCUACUCUCCGACAGAAGAGAAACCCUUUAAGACAGAAGACAAAGAUGAGGAAGUGACCGAUGUUAAAGCUGACUCCCAGAAAACAGAUAAAUCAGUCACUAUCUUAGACAAUACCUCCUUUAUCGGCCUGCAAGGUGACAAGACAGCACUUGAAGAGUCGGAAGAAUCCACUGAAGACAAUGAGGAUGAAGAUGACUGUUACGCCAAAAAGGAUCUACAGCCUACUGUUAAGGCCAAGCUUAUGGAGGCAAAAGAGGGAUGCUUCUUGGAUGACGACUUUACUUUUGAGUCAAAAUCUGCAACGAUAGAAACUGAAGUCAAGGGCUCAGACAAGACACAGGUGUCUAUUAGCACAGUGGAGAAACCAAAACCUCAAGUGAUGUUCUCAGAUGAAGAUGAGGAUGAAGAAGAGCAAGAUGAUGAUUUCCCAGGUGGGGUAGGGUCAAAGCCCUCACCAACAGAUCAAAGUAAAGUAGACUUUAAAAAUGAAAGCACAGAGAAAACAGAUGUUGCUUUUAAAGAGCCUGAGAAAAGUGUUCAUUUCGGUCUAUAUGAUUUUCCAGAGAAGGAAAGCAAAGAAAAGGCUGUAUAUAUAAGACAAGACACACCCUAUGUGCACGGUAAAACAUUCUCUUACGGUGACGUUUAUGACAGUAAAACAAGCUCAGUGGACUCUGAUUCUUAUAGUCAGGAGUCCUUAGAUAAGACGGAGAAGGACAUUGCACAGGGUGAAGGAGAUUUGCAGAAACAUGAGGGCCCGUCUCCGGUAACUGCCACAGACAAGAUGUCAGAGAAGGAGGGAUUUACGGUCUCUUAUGGAAAAGAGUCCUCCACCUCAUCGUGGCUUGACACCAAGGGCACUUCUUCUACACCUUCAUUUGAAAAACAGGACAAAGAAAAGGAGACAUUUGAAUACAGCACAAGUAGCCGUUUCCCUUCGGUGACUGACAGACCCGAGGCCUCGUCCACUUCUUUAUCAUCAGAAAAAGACUCCUGUUAUAAAAGCCAGACUGACGGCACAAAGCCCCAGACAUACUCCUCAAUGACAGCAUUUGAUGUCGACAAACCUGCUGCCACAGGCUACAGCGAGAAAGGAGCCUGUUUGGAGAUUGACAUGAGAAAACUAACAGCCAGGGAUGAGGAGGACUACGAUGAUGAUGAAGUUGUCGAUGAAGAUGAUGAUGAGGAGGAAGAUGAAGAGGAGGAGGAGGAGGAGGAUGACGAAGGUGCAGUUGAUUCUGAUAUGGAGAAAGGUGCCAAAGAGAAGUCUGAGAAGGAAGUAAAAAGUCCAAUCAGCGAAAUGUUUGGCUCAAAUAGGCCUGAAUUUAUGGUUUCUAUGGCUGGAUACGGCUACAACAGUCAGGGGAAGCCGAGUAUGAAAGAAACCAGUUCUAGCUCACUCACAAAGGCUGAAGACAAGGCUAAGACUGACUCUGCAUCCUUCAGUGGAAAGCCAAUGGAUUUAGGGGCUACAGGUUUCUCUGGCUACUCCUCUGGGUUUGAGUACUCAUACGGAAGUAGUGAGAAAGACUCAAGUCAGACCACAGACAAAGAUAAAGAGGAUUUGACUUUGAAAUCAACAGAGGACAGUUAUUACCAGGAUGACAGAGCUGACUCUGAUUUUGAUAAACAGAAGACACCAGAUCUUCUAAGUAAGAGAUCACUGGACACAAGCUUUCAGCACACAACCACUGCUGCCCCUGCGUACUCCUCCUCUUCGGCCUACAGCUACUCCUCCUCCACCUCGGGCUCCCUCUCUACCAGCCGUCAGUUCGGAGAGGAGCUGGAGACGCCUGCCGAGCCUCUCUUUGAGUACUCCUCCUUUAAAGAUGAACAUUCACUGGUCAUGGAUUCUCCCUUCUCCAGCUCCGCUGCCACUAAAGACGACUAUCUAGAAGUGUCUGAAAAACAGAUCACCGCUACAACCAUGGAGUCCACCUCAAGUUUAGCCCGCUUCUCACCCCUCAGCCCAUUCGAGGAGGUCAAAUCCUUCCCCUCGCUCUCGUCCUCUGCCUUUGCUGAAGACAAGAAGGAGCAUACAACUUCAUUAGGUGGGGUUACGGACAAAGGUCCUCAGUCGGACUGCUUCUAUAAGCCUGAAUGGUCUAAGGGGUCCAAGCUGGAUUCAGCUGUUGGAUAUGGGGCCUCAGCAGGACCAUUCUGUCAGUCUACAGAGCUCUCCAAGGACAAAGAGGCAGCCAGCGCCGCUCUGUUUGGUGUCACUUCCUCACCACGCCCAGACAUAGAAGGCAAGCAUUACUUUGAGGAGACGGACAGCAGUGACGAAGAGGAUGAAGAGGCUUACAUGCGUGAGAUGACUCGGAGGUCACCUUCCGGCGGCCUGGCUGGUAGCCUCUCAUUUUCUGACAAGCCUGUUGCUCCAACUGCCAGUGAAAAGGCAAGUGGAGCACUCCCAGAUGUUCUUGGUUCUUACAUGCCCUCACCUCUCCAGGUCAGCAAGCCAGACAAAACCAACGGUCCCACAGAGGUCAGCUCAAGCUCUGCCCUCGUUACUGGAGCAGCAGCUAGUGGUGCAUCUUCAGGCCCAGCCAAGGUGGAGCCCAGAGAAGGAGCCGCAGGUUACAGGAGCUCUUAUGAGUGGGAGAUGUCAAAGCCUCAGAUGGGUAUGGUACCCGGAGACUCCCCUCCCCAUUACCGUCACGAUGAUGAGUUUGAAGAAGAGUGUGAGAUGGAGCCAGAGCAUCCUGCCCGCCCACUUUCUCUCUCUUCAACCGAUAAGCCAUUUCACUCACCGUUCUAUGCUGAAGAGUGCAGUCGAGGAGGGCACGAUGAUGACGAUGAUGACAGCGAUCAGGAUCUUGCUGGCAAUGUGCCCAUGGGAGCCACCUCCUCUUAUACCAGCCGCACCUCUCCUGGAUAUUCCUCCUCUGAGUGCAGGCAGCGCAAAGAGGACCUCUCACCUUCCUUCAUCAACCCAUGCAUGCGGCAGUUAUCCAGUGAUGAGGAUGAUGAGGAGCAAGGCCGCAGAAGUGACCAAUCGCAGGGCGAUGAGCACGAUCUGUCAGUCAAGAGAAGGGCUCACAAACAGCCCCAUCAUCCCCAGUCUCACAGCAGGGACAGCAGCUCUCUGCACCAAGCCGGUGGCAUGUCGGCAGGACUGGGUCUGGCUACAGAGGACACACCGCCCACGUCUGUCAGCGAAUCUCUAGCCUCUCAGUCAGACUCUGAUGUGCCUCCAGGCACAGAGGAAUACCCCUCAGCCACUGGUGAAGGCAACAUGGACUCAGAUGAGGAUGCAGACUAUAUGCCUGUUGAUAAAUUAACUGCCACCGGAGGAGGUAGCCAUCAUUCCUCUAGGAGGAGCCAUGACCCUCCUCCUGCUCCCCUCAUGGACCCCUACCCUCACCCCCCACGCCCAGAUGUUUGCAUGGUGGAUCCUGAGUCUGAGAAUAAUGGCUCAGUUAAGAAGGAGCCAAAAGCCAAGAGCAUAAAGAAGACUUCAGGGAAAACCAAAACAGCAUCCCCAGCCAGGCGCAAGAGGUCUCCCAUGCCUGUCAAACAGACGCCGUCCCCUCGCAGUGCCUCACUGAAGAAGAAGGAGGCAGAUAAGAGCUCACGUAUGUCUCGUCUGUCAGACGGACAGGGCUCCAAAGACGAUGACCUCUCCAGGUCGAGUUACAACCCUGGCAAGGGGCUGACUAAUGGUGUCAAGAGCAGUUCAGGUUCUCAGAAGUCUGGCUCUGCAGGUGCUCCUGGCCUUCCUAUUUAUGUGGACUUGGCCUACAUUCCCAACCACUGCAGUGCCAAGAACGUGGACCAAGAGUUUUUCAAACGCAUUCGCUCAGCGUACUAUGUGGUGAGCGGUAAUGACGCAGCAAGUGGGGAACCAAGCCGAGGAGUCCUUGAUGCGCUGUUGGAUGGCAAAUCUCAGUGGGGAUCGAACCUGCAGGUGACGCUGAUCCCAACGCACGACACGGAGGUGACCCGUGACUGGUACCAGCAGACACAUGAGAAGCAGCAAGAGCUCAACAUCAUGGUCCUGGCCUCCAGCAGCACCGUGGUCAUGCAGGACGAGUCUUUCCCAGCCUGCAAGAUCGAAUUUUAAGACCCUCGUUUCCUCUCUCCCUCCUCCUGGCCUCUCCCCAGUGUAGAUCUGUUUUUAAUUGCUCUUCUCUAUAGUCUAAUAUGUAAAUCUGUCUCUGCUUUGGGCGCCUUGACCAAAAGCAGAAACAGAUCUGGAUAACUGUCUAUUUUUUUCUAGAUUUUUAUUCAUUUAUAAGCUUGUCGUGGCUAUCACCAUUUAUAUUACAAAAGUAGUUUUCUGACAACUAUGUCCUCCACUACAUUAUUAUUACUCAGUCCUGUGAAAGGGAGAAUGCAGUUUUUUCUGUUCCUUAACUUGUUUUUUUUUCCAAACCCUGUGAGACAAUGGAGUCGUUCUUUAUUGGCCAAGACAAAAUGUCCAUUGUAUUGUAAAAAAAAGAAGCAUGUCAUAUAGGAAACCAUAUAAAAUUUGGUUGUUUGGUUGCUUGUCUUUUAAUUGGCCUAAAUCAAAGCACAAGCUUGCGCACCUUAAAGCCAGCAACAAACUACAAAAUGAUUUUCUUCCACUGAAUCCCAGACAUUCACAAUGCAGGUGACCAAUUUAAUACAUUUGCUGAUAGAAAGUCAUCAUUACAGGCUAAUUGUGAUCAGUUCCCUUCCUCUAUUAUCCCUUUCUGUCUUUCUUCUAAAACAAUGGCAGUCCCGAUGUUGAACCUCCUACUUACUGACAUAGUGAGAUAGAAAAUAGACCCCCAGCGGUCCUUUCAAUCUGUCUUUUGAGUAUAUUUGCCGUAGCAUAGGAAAGACCAUAUUCAACAAUCUGUAUUGUAGUGAAUUAUGAUAUUUCUACGGUGAAAAUCAAUCGUUACAGUAAGAAUUUCUCAGUGGCUGUUCUUUCUUACAGUGAGUUUGAAAAAUAAGUUUCUCUCUAUAACUGUUUCUGUAGUCUUUGAUGUAUUUUUUUCAGUGUAUUUCCAGUUAACAUAUCGUUGCAGAGGAUCAUGAGGACAACUGGCAGAGGCAGAGGCGGUGAUACCAGUACAAAAAAAAUAAAUAGAAAUCAUAAUCCUGAUCUUUGGAUUUUACCUGUUUAUAUCUUUACAUACAGAACAGCCCUCUGUGUUCAAAGCUCAUCCGAGGAACGAAGACAAACCUCAUAUCAGUUGCUGCGUCUAAAAGAUCUUUAUACAAAAGCUGUGUUAAAGAAUGAAGAAUGUAUUCCACUACAACAAUAGGAACAUGUGGUUUGCGAGGAGAGUUUGUGUUUGCCUGGUGAACAAAGAUGUGGGCCGGUUCGAUUGAUGGUAGAGGUUAGACUGUCACCCACAUGUGCCUUUCUGUCCUGCUGUGCUGGAAGGGAAAUGAAAUGUGUUUUCGUGGUAGAAAUGUAAGGUAUUUCAGUGUGCGGUGCGUCGCUGCCUCUGUGGCAGAGGCUUCGGCGAGCUGGUCUCCUCUGUUGUUGUGAGUUUUUGUCAGUGAGAGCACACACAGGUCCGAGUUGUACAUAUUGAGCAUAAAACAGCACUUUUAAAGCACCAACUCAGUAUUUGAGCCGCUGCGUUUUAGAUUUCCUGGAGCUGCCACUCGAAGAAGCACAAAUAGUAACCAGUGUGCAAAACUUAAAGCAGUUUUUGCUUUUUUCAAAUUUAGCAACAUAAAAUGUAUAAUUACAGCAUUUACACUGAAAACCUGUGCUAUUUCUUUCUUUUAAUUAUUGCAGUUUGUCUUCAGUUUGCAGAAUUGUUUUUAGCCACAAUCACCUUAACUUCAUGAUUUUAAAUUGUAUUAUUUAACAGGCAUUGCAGUGGUAAAUCAGUGGAUGUUUUUAAGUAAUACUUUAUUAACUUAAUAUUAUGUGUAUUACGUGUUUUAAUUUGAUAUUGAUGAUUUUAUAUUUUGAUAAGUUUUGAGUAAUUUAAUAGAUUUUAAUCAGGAACAAAACCAACUAUCCAGCAAAUGACAGGACCAACACACCUCACCAGGGUUGCUAUUUUAUGAUCCACAGUAAAAAAAAAAAAUCCAGAUAUUCCUCUGUAUGAUAUUUUAUUCCCUCAACUCUUCUACUGAUGCAUGUACAACAGACGCAUGUUCAUAAAGGCGAUGGCUUUUUAAAAACCUGAGGGCUGCAGGGAGCAGAGCCCCGAAACCUCAGUUGAAUGUGACGAUGCAGAUUACCUUUACGUUCUCCGUGGAGGACUUCAAUCUCCUGGUUGCCUUGGUUACUGUGCAUCAUAUGGUACAUCUGAAUCAUCGGUCACACUGGCACUAACAAUCUUACUGUAGCCUGCAAUACAUCCCGAAUGCGCAGGGAAGACAAACUUUGUGUGCAGAUUAAACAGGAAACAAUUCAGAUUUCUGUGUGCAGAUUAAAAUGUUGUCAGCGUGAUAAACGUGAGACAGUGUCUGCCACUUGGAGGAGACAGUGAAGAAACUAUCCAUUAACAGCUUCUUUGAUAAAGCAGGAUUAACUGUGACUUCAGUGUUUUCCUGUUAACCCACUGUGCUGCCCAGUCAGUUAUAACAGUGUAACCUGCAUUCCUAUUUAAUACUGCGUCACCGUAAAGGCUAAUAAUAACAAAACCUACUACUCACACUCAAAACCCAGACUGCCAGACACAAGGGACUCAGUUCACUCGUCAGUACAUUUUUAUCUAUAGAGGAUUUCCUAUUAAUCACACUUUUUCCAGACAAAGCUUAAUAUACAAACACACAUACACAUAACCGCUGCAUUUUCGUAUCGUGCAAAAAAAAGAAAAAAGAAAAAAGAAAAUAUCUGUGGCAUCAGACUCAUCUGCCGUGAAACAAAUCAUCAUAAAGACUGUUGGUUUUCAGUGAGCCCUGCUUGUACGUGCAUGUGUACCCUUUAAGUUCUCCUGUAUUGUAAUAGCUGAAGAAAAAAACUGACUUAACAUAGAAAUGCUAUUUUAAAAGAUGUAUAUUCAAGAAGCUAAGCUGUCCGGUACUGAGGAGGCACAUGUAACCUGGCUGUGCUGUGCUGUAAAGAAAGCCUUGUGAUCGUUUUAUUUCCCCUUCCUUUCCGCUUCAUGGUUCUACUUUCAUCUCUUGUUUUAAGUGCAAUAUUCUCUUUAUCUCUCUUUAAAUGCUUAAAAAGGUAAAAAAUAGAAAACAGAUUUAUUGUUAAAAGGGAAAAGUGUGGUGAAGACCAAUAAAA